AGUUCCUAGUGAUUCCAAUAACACUGUGGAGUAUCGUUGCGGUGGUUGCGGAAAGGUCGUAGUGUUCAACCCUCAUGAGCCUAUUCGUUGCAAAGAAUGCUCCUAUCGUAUUGUCUACAAAUCGCGAACGCAGAGAUGCAUUCAGUAUGAGGCAAACUAGACAUAAGACUUGUAGUUUAGAUACAUGUUUGUUCGAUAUACGUUGA